CGCUCCCUGGGCAGCGUCACCACUGCGCUCUGGGCUUCCAGUUCGGCCUCGGGGCAGGCUGGAGUGCUGGCCAUUUGGCUUGUGGGCAGAGUCUCAAGGCAGAAGUUGAAACCAGCUGAUCAGCACUGUCCUGCCACAACAGAAUGUGAUCUACUACUUCUACCAUGCACCAUGACUCCAGGGGACUUCAUGAUUUUCAUCUGUGCCCUUUGGCUGAUCCUUCCAGACCUGAGCCAAGGCUUAGGUGGCCCCGUGCUGCCCAACGUCCCCUUUGUUGCCAUCUGGAAUGCCAACACCCAUUUGUGCCAACAGAAAUUUCAAGUGAACAUCAGCCUGGACACCUUCCACGUGGUAGCCAACCCAGAUCAGGUCUUUCAGGGACCAAAUAUGACCAUCUUCUAUAGCACUAAGCUGGGCACUUACCCUUGGUAUACACCUGUUGGGCAGCCAAUCAAUGGGGGCCUGCCUCAGAAUGCCAGUUUCUGGGCCCACCUGGUCAAGUCCUAUAAAGACAUCCUGGACACUUUACCUGAACCUGACUUCAAGGGAGUUGUGGUCAUCGACUGGGAAGAAUGGCGCCCUAUUUGGGCCACAAACUGGGACUCAAAGAAAAUAUACCAGGAGCAUUCUCUGGACCUGGUGAGAGAAAAGCACCCAGACUGGCACCCAUUCAGGGUGGAGGAAGUGGCUAAGAAACAAUUUGAGGAGGCAGCCAGGGAAUGGAUGGUUGGCACCUUACAGCUGGGGAAGUUCUUGCGGCCCAGAGGACUCUGGGGCUACUAUGGUUUCCCAGACUGUUACAAUUACAACUUCCAGAAGCCCAACUACACAGGAGAGUGCGGUCAGGAGAUCCAGGAACUGAACAACCAGUUGUUAUGGAUGUGGGAGCAGAGCCGAGCCCUCUACCCUAGCAUCUACCUUCCCCCGGAGCUGGCCGAAUCAGGAAAGUCACUGAUGUUUGUCCAUGGGAGACUGCAAGAGGUCUUUAGAGUGGAAGGGAGAACCCGCAGUCCCGGCCGGCCCAUCUUGCCCUACGCACAGAUCUUUUAUGAGCAGACAGAUCGUUUUCUGCCCUUGGAGGAGCUGGAGAAUACAAUUGGAGAGAGUUUGGCCCAGGGUACGGAUGGAAUUGUGAUAUGGAUGGGUGGAGACCAUGAACACACCAAGGAAUCCUGCCAGGCCAUUAAGGACUACGUGGACGCCACCCUGGGCCCCUUCAUCCUGAAUGUCACCAGCAUUGCCUACCUCUGCAGUGAGGCGCUGUGCUCAGGGCAUGGCAGAUGUGCCCGCCGCCAGCAUCACCCCCAAGCCUUCCUUUUCCUCAGCCCAGCCAGCUUCUCUAUUCAUCGACAGCCAGACAGUGGGCACUUGAGCCUUCAAGGUUUCCUGGCAGAUGAGUCCUUGGCCAAGAUGAAAACAGAAUAUAGGUGUCGUUGUUAUACAGGCUGGGCUGGGGAGCACUGUGAGCAAGGAAGGGGCAGCCCCUAACUCCCCUAAAGAAACAUUGCCUUGGGUAAGAACAAGAGAACAGCGGAAGGGCUCUCUGAUCCUUUUACUCUCUGGCCUGUACCCUAGGCCAGAGACAGCUUCCUUUCUAAAACGGCCCUGUCACUGCCUCCCACCCUGCAAUGACUGUCACUCUACAUACUAGCUGUGUGACUUUGAAUAACAUUCCAUCUCUUUGAACCCUGAUGUUUUCCUCAGUCAAAGGGAGAUAACAGGACUUUAUUGGGUUGUUUGGAGAAAAGUGCUUUAUAAAUCACUAUAGAAACGAGAACAGUGUUAUUCUAAGCAACACAAUUAUUAUAAAUCACAUCGAGGGGAAAGUUUGUCAUACUUCAUGAUGGUUUUGUCUCUGGGUUGGUCUUUCCCACUGGGAUAAGAGGUAGGGAGGGAGAGUAGACCAUUGUCAGGGGCCAUUGAGGGCAGUGCACUUGUAUCCAAAUAUUUUUAUUCAAUGACAAAAAUCAAUAAUUUUACCCACCUGCUUUGCUGAAUAUUAAAAAUAAAUGAGUAAUGGCAGCAUAGCAACUUGUCCCAGGACCAUUUCUGUCUGAACUCCAUUGAACGAAGAUGAGAAUGAUUUUUCAAUAAUAAUGAUGAGGAUAAUAAUAAUAAUAACAAUUAUGAUGAUGAUGAUGAUAAAGAGAUGUUCAGGGAAGAAAGGUAUCAACCUUUAGAAACUGAGUUCCCCUUUCUUUCCGAGUGGGUUUCUUUAAUUGUUAGCAAAUCCACAGCUCCAGGUGUGCUGGGUGACUCCAAAUCCAGAGAGGGCAAUCAGUCAGACAGCUUAUCAGUCAAUCCAUAUGCCCGUCUUCAAUUCCAGUGAGGGCUCAGAGCUUAAUCUAUAGAGUAUUGACCCCUUCUUUGCCUGGGUGUUGUUCAAUACAUGUGUGUAUCUUGAUAACAGCUGAUGUUCCUGUAACUCAAAGAUUUGCAGAGUAUUUUAUGUGAGAGAAAGAAAGAAAUUAAGUUACUUGUCCAAAUUCACAUGAGUAAUAAAAUCUAGGGUGACAUUUGAA